AUGAACGAUGACCGAGUUCCGUCGCGAGUGGGUGAGCUGGUGAAGAAUUUCGUGAGUUUUCACGACCGUGUGGGGUAUUAUCUCGAAGUUACAGAUCACCGGAACAAUAAGAUAUCGAACUACGCGACGUGGGUCACCCAGCUUUGUGCACCGACGGAUGACGAGAUCGUGGCCCUUGUCGAGGAUGCAGCGAGCGUCUACACUUCUCCAAUAUUUAUUCGGCUUCUCUUUCGGAAUGACCAGUUCAAGGACAUCCGAGACAGCCGUAUUCGAUUAGUUGAUACGUUGGAAUGUCAAAGUUCCCGAGACGUUAUCGAAGAGCUUUUUAAGUAUCUCGACAACUUUACAGCGGAAGAUCGUGCGAAGAGUUUUCUUUUCCUUGCUUCAGAAGCAUCCAGUGAAGAUAAAGAUAUUGGACGAGAAGAUCUACUGGAUAGAAUUGUCGAGAGUUUGGACUCGUCCCCAAAAGGUUUACGCCCACAACUCCUUCUCGCUGCAUCGAUUAUCGGACACGAGUCCAUGGUAACUCUGUUACUUCGUGACAUUGCAGCUGAUGAUCUAGCGCCGAACAUGGAUACUGUCGAUUCUGAAUGUCUGAUUGAAGCAGCAAGGAAUCGGCACUUCUCGAUUGUGGAAAAGCUUCUAUCGAGUGGAAGAUACUCCGCUGGCAAUGAAACACAGUGGGAAGCAGUUGUACAAGCGUUGGAAGUCUCGUGCACGAACGGAUCGGUUGCCAUUACCAGAAUUUUACUGCCACAUUACUUGUCGUAUUGCUCAUGCCAUCCGCAAUUUCUUCGACUGGCAUUGAUAAAUCGUCAUUUUGAGAUCGUCGAGGUGUUGCUAGAAUGCGAUUCGCGGGGAAAGUUAUGCAAUAUGAUGGAGCUUAUUGACAUAUUACGAGAGGAAGUUUUGAAGGAGGCCCUUGAUCAGGGUGAAGGAACAGGAGCAGCGUCGAGUUUUGAAUCAAUUCUUGUAGGAAAAGAGAGCGAUGUAGUAAUGUGGGAUGCGGCUGCAUUAGAGCGUGGAGUUUCGUCUGGUGAUACGACACUGGUGCGUUUCUUGGUUAAUCACGUUGAGUUUUGCCGAUAUACCCUCGAUGCAGCACUGGAGAUGGCGACUAUGAACGAGAAUCUCCCAUCGGUUGAGAUAAUCUCGACUAAGAUACAGAAAAUGCUAGAUAGAGAAGAGGACGAUGUAGAGGACGAUGAGGUGGCAUCUUACUUUGAAGACGAGUUUGCUGAGACAUCGUUCGACAUCGACCACCAAUUUCAGUCUUGCAAAAGUGAACGGAGCACAGCGAAUGAUGAUCAUCUCGAUUCAGUAAAGAUUAGCGAUGAACCAGCCGUGUUCGAAGUAUUAUCAAACGAUAUUCAUCCGGUGAUAGAGGACGGCUUAGAAACGAUACGAACAACCAGUAUUACAGCUGUAGAGCACAUGAUAUCGUCUGCGAGGCAGUCUAUAGCAUUGAAGAAAGUGGGAAUGAAUCAAAAUGAGUUGGUUCAAGUUUCUUCAAAAGGAAGCGCUGGAGUGGAGAUUUAUAGUUAUUCACUAGAUGAUACAUUUCCUACUGCGCAGACAAAACUACAUCAGUUUUCUAUCAAAGUUGUUGAUGAGAUUCUCAGCGAAGGGAAAAUGGCAGCUACUUUACCGCGAGCUGACACGAACGGUGAUGCCAACGAUAUGACAGAUUUUCAAGUAACAUCCAGGGAUUCGAUGAGUAUGGGAAGCCUCAACGAGCAUCUAUCGCCGAUUCUGAGUGCAAAGCAAGAACAAGAAGACGAUGCUGGCCAAGCUAGUCUGGAUCAUGAGUUGGAUUCCAACAUGGAUGGGGUAAAUGUUGAAAGCUUAUCCAGUGCAGAUGACCCUAACGACACUGCCGAACCUGCUGCUACUGAUGAGGACUGUUGUGACCAUAGUGAUCCCAUCAUGACUGAAAACGCAUCAGAGACGGAGAGGGAGGAUGCCUAUGCGCUUGAACUGGAAGAUGACGAAGAACUGCUACCAACAGAGACCUCAAUUAGCGACCUUCAAGGUGCUGUAGGAGAAAAACAUGAAGAAGCGCUGACAAUUGAUGAACCCCCAGUUGCUAAACUUCCGACCCAGGAUUUGUGUUUGACAGCAGCAAGCUCCCAGGAAAUCUAUUCCACAAAUGUUUGGCCUAUACCGUGUGUGGAAUACCCGAUGAAUACUAGUGAAAUCUCACAUUCAGUGGUAGACACUGCUUUCCAACUCGAGUGUGAGGAAAUACAUUGUAAAGAGGGUCGUGUUGACUCUGAAGAUGGCGAGGAGGAGGUACUAUCCAGCGCUUCAGUUGAAGAUCACUUGGCGAAUGGAACCUACAGUACUGCUAGUGAAGAUAUUCUUGUAAAUGAUGAGCCUUCCCAAUUAAAGAAUGAAGAUACGACCUCUUCAGCAGCAGGGGUGUGCGGUUCACGAAACAGUCUACCCGAUCAGAAAACGCUUGAUGACAACGUUGGAAAUGACCUCACCGAUGCUGUUAAUGACAAGGAAACCUCUUUGGAUCCGUCAGUAAUUAAGACUCAAAUCAGAAGGAGCCAAGUCCCUGAAACAAUCUCCCAAAAUGCUCCUGAACAAGGCGAGACCCAGACAACCCCCAACUCUUUCAGCUGCAAACUCUCAUCGAAUUCAACUGAUGAUACGUCUACAUCACAAUUAUCUUCAGUCAAACAAGAACAAGUAGACCACGUUGUAGAGAUCGAGAACCUGCCAGAAAUCCCGAGCAUAAUUAUUUCUACAUGUAGUACAGAGCUGGAACGGUUUUCUUUGAUAUCCGGUGACAAAAUUCGAGCUGCAACCGGGGCGUCCCAAUGUCGUUCGAAAGAAAGGGUAGCAUCUGUCAUCUCUCAACAUUCUCGCUGUCAAAGUGCAAACGUCUAUUCCUCGGACGAAGUGGCUGAGUGGAAAAAUAUCGAUAUUCUAUUGAACCGCAAGCGGAGGUUCUUUCAGUCUCAAACUGGAAGUAUUGAGAGCAUCAAGGUGCCAUGGGGCGAAGAAUUCGCUACGAUCCAGUCUCUAAAGCGAUUCGCUGCUCAACAUCCCGACGUUCUUCGCGCACACAUCGAAGACCAAUUACGAGAACUGGAUGGUCCACUUUUAAGCAGCAGUCCGAGGAAGCAAUGCUCGUCGAGGAUAAAGAAUUCACUAGCGCAUGCCAGUGUCGGUCAGGCAAGAGAAGCUUUACUGUUGAUGAAGGACCUGGCUUUCCUGCUUAAACAGCGUCUUGCUCCUUUCUUCGAUUCAAUUAUUCCAGUCGUGAUGCCGUUUGUCUUCAACACUGAAAAGCGAUUUCUAUGCGAGACAGCGAUCGAAGUUCUCGACGCGAUUAUUCUGCACUGUAGUGGUCUGAAACUUGCUUUGUUACUCCUACAACUGGGUGAAACAUACUGCAAGUACGAAGACUUGCGGCUAUACAACUUGACCUCAGUUUAUGUGGAAAAAUGCGUUCUCAACUGGAACAAGCCCGAACUUGCCCGUCUUCGAACGUCUCAAGCAUCGAGUGCAGUGCUCCCUCUGAUGGCCAAGUCAUUGAUGUCAAAGUCGGCACCAGUGCGAAUAUCGGCUCAGAAGAGUUUUAGACAUCUUCGUGACGAGCUUGGGACACGAAGCUUCGAGGCCGUGUUAAAAGCUCAUGUACCACAAGAUCUCCUUACUCUUGUGCAAAAGGAAUGCGGUAGUCGCGUGGUCGGUUUGAGCGGAAAGCAAAACUCUAGCAGACGUCCAGAAGCUCAGAAGCAAUCAGAUUCAAGCAGCCCCAGCAUUUUGCAGCGCAUGCUCCUGCAUCGACAGAAUCGCGUGUCACCUUCACAGACCUGACCACGAUGUAAGUAUUCGCGG